AUGCAUCGAAGCACACAGAUGCUGGCGUGGGUGGCGUUCGUGGCUGCCGCGCUGGUCUUGCUUGCUUCGCCAAGCAGUGCGAUCGGCGUAGUCAGUAUCGACUAUGGUACGGAAUGGAUCAAGGCUGCUCUGGUCAAGCCCGGCAUGCCUUUUGAUCUCGUGCUUGGCCGCGACUCGAAGCGCAAAGUGCAGGCAAGCGUCGCAUUCAAGGGCAAGGUACCGACGGAUGGUCGUCUUGAAAAGAUGGAGCGCCUGCUUAGCUCGGACGCGUACGCAUUUGCAUCGCGCAGUCCGCUGCAGAGUUACCAUGCCGCCAAGCUGCUCUUGGGCCAGACUUGCCGUGCCGAUGGAAAAGACACACCUGCCGUCGAAUACUACCGCUCCGUACUCGGUAACCAUGUGACGCAGCUACCGGGAGGAUAUGAAUCCGGUUCUACUUGCGUGAUCAUGCCCUCGCCGUCCACGCUGCCUACCACUUUCUGGCGGCCCGAAGAGAUUGUCGGUAUGCAGCUGGACCACAUGCGUGAGUUGGCUGAGGAGACGUCCGGUGAACUUCUCAACAUUGGUCGCAGCUUUUCGUCUAUCUUUGAUUCGGCACGCAACGGCCUCGAUACCGUCAUUACCGUGCCCAUCUUUUACACUCUGCACGAGCGUCAGGCCCUGCUGGAUGCGGCGCUGCUGGCAGGUUUCCGGCCGCAGCUGAUCAGCGAUGCGGCCGCUGCGGCUACGAGCUAUGCCCACAGCCGCACGUUUGCCAAGCCUGAGCGCCACAUCUUCUACGAUGCCGGCUCCGGCUCGGUACGUGCGACGCUCGUGGAGAUGGGCCCGUCGACGGACAGCACACGAUCGGGUGCGAAUCGCGUCACGGUACUUGAUGCUGCAUGGGACCGCCUCGCUGGUGGUCUAGCUAUGGAUCUUGUUGUGCGUGAUAUGCUGGCAGACGCCUUUGACAAGGCGAACCCAUCUGAGCCGUCUGUGCGCCAGAAUGCCCGGGCCAUGGCGCGUCUUUUGCGUGAGGCCAACAAAAUCAAACACGUGCUGUCUGCCAAUGCUGCAGCGAGCGCCAGCAUCGAGAGUCUUGCCAACGACAUCGAUUUGCGUACCUCUAUCGAUCGCGAGGCCUUUGAGGCACGCAUGCGUAGCGACGGCCUCAUCCAACGCUUUGGCCAGCCGAUCGAUGAGCUGCUCACUCGCACCAAGACCGCAUGGUCUGACAUAACGUCCGUGGUCCUUGUCGGCGGUGCUUCGCGUGUGCCGUCUGUGCAUGCCGAGCUCCUCGCUCGUGGCGUGCCGCAGGAGAAGCUCGCUCAGAACGUGAAUGCCGACGAGGCCGCUGUCCUGGGCGCCGCGUUGGCCGUGGCGAGUACACAGCCCCAGCUACGCAUGAAGCCCGUGGACGUGGUCGAUGCGCACAUGUACGCCAUCCAUGCGCACGUCCAGGGCCGCGAUGAGCUCGUGUUUCCCGCUGGACCGUAUGUCCCUGGCACGGAAUGGAACUUGACGCUGCCGAACGUGCGCACGGACGCGAGCAUCGAGCUUUUCACGCCGACCAAGGAGCGUCUCGAUGCAGGUGAUGCGGGCGCACUCCAGCGUAUCCGCUUUGAGGGCGUCGACCGCAUCUUUGGCGAGCUGCGUGCGUUGGGUAUCGAUGUGCAGACGCUCCCGACGAAGCUGAACGCCUCAAUUCGGUCCGAGCCGUUUGGCACGUUCCUUGCCAGGUUCCCUCUCUUGACCAUUGAGCCACCGACGCCGUUGCCGGAGGCGCUGCACACGUUCUUUGGUGUCAAUGCAAGUGCACCGAAGAACGAGACCAAGCCGCCAGCGCCACGUCUCAUUGAUCUGUUCCCGAACUCGACGUCCCUUGGCCCGGUGCGACCGCUCGCUGGCCUGGAAAAGGCGGGCUCGUUUGAGCGUCUGCGCCUCAUUGUACACGAGGCACGCCAGCGUGCGCUGCGCGACACGGCGUUUAAUGAGCUCGAGUCGUCCGUCUACCGCUCUCGCGACAUGAUGCAAGACGAUGCGCUUGCUGCCGCGCGCACCAACGAUGAGGCCCAGCGUGUUCUCAGCAAGGCCGACGAGCUGGGCACGUGGCUCUCAACGGAGGCCGACCAGGCCGAUGCCAAGACGAUCCAAAAGAGGCAGCGCGAACUCGAUGCCCUCGUGAGCCCCAUUAGCCGCCGCAUGUCUGAGGCGGAACGUCGCCCGGCGAUCGUAGCGGAUAUGCGCACCACGCUCCAGCGAGCGAGGACGUUUGUGGAUGAGGCCAAGGCCAAUCUGACGCAGGCGCUCGCGCAAAAAUCCGCGAGCAAGUACACGGCCGCGGAGCUAGACACAUUGGAUGCGCAAAUUCGCAAAGACGCAACCUGGCUUGAGGACGGCGUGCUUGCACAGGACAAGCGCAAGCUGCAGGAAGAGCCUGUGCUUUUUGUGAGCGAUAUUCUCGCUCGCGACCAAAAGCUCCAAGAUACGGUCAAGCGUCUGAGCCGUCGUAGGAUCCCCAAGACGCGACCGAAGAAGUCGUCGAGCACAACCUCCGCUUCCUCGUCCACGUCGACAUCAUCGACGACGACCACGCCGGCGACCUCGUCGUCUCUCACGAGCUCGACGACGUCCGCGGGGACCUCCACAUCCAGCAGCCGACCCGUGCAUGACGAGUUGUAG